GAAGAAGAUUAGACUGACGCAGACUCACGUCCGUGACCAACCAAACAGGAAGCUUUAGUUGAAAGACAGUCGCAGCGAAGGCACCAGCUGUCAGGGCAAGAAUAAUCCGCUGAGCCGCUGCUGCCAUCAUGUUGUCGGAGGGAGGCUCUUUCAUGAAGGGGAUGGUGUUGGGUGGCCUCUUCUGCUUGGUGUUGUCGCUGCUGGGCAGCUUCAGCCCCGCCACCGAGUCCAGGACGGACGGCAACGACCACCAUCAUCAUCACGUCAAGGCUGCGAGCAAAGACGAGCUCCAGCAGCUCUCUGACAGCCGGCUGCAGGAGCUGAACGACCAACUUCAGGUCUACUGCGUCGUCAUGGUGCAGCCCAAAAGCCUCGUCUACUGGGCCACGGCGCUGGACACCUGGACCAAGCACUGCGACAAGGUCGAGUUUUACACCUCAGAGGCCUCCAAGGCGCUGGAAGCCAUAGACCUGAACGAGAAGGACGACUGGGCCAGGUUGCGUAAGGCUCUGAAGCACGCCUACGAGAACGCCGGGGACAUCCGCUGGUUCUUCGUGGCUCAGCCCAACACCUUCGCCAUCAUCGAGAACCUCAAGUACCUGGUGCUCACCAAAGACCCGGAGCAGCCGUUCUACCUGGGGAAGGCGGUGAAGUCCGGGGAGCUGGAGUACGUCGAGUUGAACAGCGGCAUCGUCCUGAGCUACGAGGCCCUGAAGAGGCUGGUGAACGUCUUCCAGGACGAGGACAAGUGUCCGGAGAGAGGACGGCAGCUGUGGAAGCUGAGCGACGACAAGCAGCUCGCCGUGUGCCUCAAGUUCACCGGCGUGUUUGCGGAGAACGGAGAGGACGUCCACGGGAAGGGUCUGUUCAACAGCAAGACGGUGGACAGCCUGAUAUCGGAAAGCAUGAAGCAGAACCCCAGCAACGUGGUGGAGGGCUGCUGCUCCGACCUGGCCGUCACCUUCAGCGGCCUGUCUGCCAACCAGAUGCAGGUCAUGAUGUUCGGAGUUUACAGGCUCCGUCCGUAUGGACACAACUUCCACGACUUAUUGACAUUUUUCCCUCCCAAAGGCUCAGACAACGACUAGCCUCGCUUGGUCGUUUUGAAGAUUUUGCUUCUGUGAUGGCAAACCUGACUCUAGAUAUUUGUUUACGAGACUUGAUCCUGGGGGGAGUUAUGUAUAUUUGUAACUUUUUGCACUUGACUCGGCCGGUGGUGGAUGUCUGUGGAUCUGAGACUGGAUCAUCUCGGUUUGGACUUUGGUUCCUGAAGUUUUGUUCUCAAUCUUUAAGCUUCUGUUUUGUUAUUGUAAAAUAACAUUAUAAAUCUGUGGAGUUCCACCUGUUAAUGAUCAGAUUUAACGUUUUAUUGUUGUGCCCUUAAAGCUGCAGUAUGCAAUUUUUAAACUUUUACAUAUUUGUUAAAAGUAUGUAAAGUAUGAUUCUCCCAGCAUUAAUACACCACUUAGUCAGAAACAACCAAUCAGAGCCAGGAGGUGGGUCUUAGCGCUGUCAAUCAUCCACAUGUGUGCCGCUAAAUGUUCUAAUGGUGAAAAAAACAAAUCAUCCUUACAGAGCAACCGUUUAUCUACUAUAAUCUGUGGCUAUGCUAACUAGCAUUAGAACUAGUGACUAGUGUUGUGGUGAACCUAGCUUAGCAAAAAUUAAGGUAAGGUAAUUUUAUUUAUAUAACACAUUUUCAGCAAUGAGGCAAUUCAAAGUGCUUAACUGAGUGGGGUUGAGCAUAAGAGUGAUUGACAGCGCUAAGCUCCUCCUCCUGGCUUUGUUUUGAAACGGUUCAUUUUUGCAUCUGUCUCAUGAACUGGUGGCAGUUUUAAUAAGAAGAAACAUUUCAUUAAAAUUACAUACUGUAGCUUUACAUGACACAGUUCAGCUGUAAUCAAGCUGCUUAAACAUUAUGCUUGGUUUUCUGUUUUAUGAAGAAUCGGAUAUUAAAUAUUUUAGGGUUUUUUUUCUUGAUUUACAUUCACCUGAUUUUUGUUUGAACAAUAUUAGUGAUAGAAAUUAAUCGUUUAAGGAACUUUUAUGAUUUUUGUACCCUACUAAAUCAUUUUCUAUCCCCAAAAAUGAAUGAGUUUGAUUAUAAAAAUAAAAAUAUUCCUAAAAAGUAA